UGUAGUGAAUGCGGGGUCCGGGAUAUAGAGAGCGGAUAUAGUGAAUGCGGGUCCGGGGAGAGCGGAUAUAGUGAAUGCGGGAUAUAGUGAAUGCAGGGUCCGGGGAGACCGGAUAUAGUGAAUGCGGGGUCCGGGGAGAGCCGGAUAUAGUGAAUGUGGGGUCCGGGGAGAGCGGAUAUAGUGAAUGCGGGGUCCGGGGGAGCGGAUAUAGUGAAUGCGGGGUCCGGGGAGAGCGGAUGUAGUGAAUGCGGGGUCCGGGGAGAGCGGAUGUAGUGAAUGCGGGGUCCGG